GAUGUAGUAGCACAGAUUACCCAAACAGCUGAGCUGAUGGCUGUCAACUUAGCCAAGACAGCUAGCAAUGUUACUUCAGACUCCAUUGUACUGGCUAGUGAGAACAUCGUGACCGUCAUAGACUUUCUACAGCUCACCAAUGCAUCGGCUGAGUACACAUUUCCCAAGAUUGCUUCGGAUCUGGACGGGGCUGCUUUUUCCAUCCCACGAGCUGUGUUUGACACCCACGAUGCCUCAGCUGUGGUCACGCUGCUCUACCACACACUGGGGCCCCUGCUGCAGGACAAGAUGGGGCCGGGGGAAGACACUGACAGCCAAGAUGAAAAUGAAGAGGAGAUGGAAGUGGAAAGUGAAUCAGAGAAUGAAUUGACAAGGUCUGUGGUCGGCAGUAAGGUUAUCUCUGUCACACUGGUACCACCCUUGAAGACCUCUUUGGAAAAUGCCAUCCAGUUUGGGUUUCAUCUUGAUCCAGAGUUAUGGACCGCGCAUGCACAUGGGGAAACAGAAAAAAUGUGCUCUUUCUGGAAUUUCUCUCUGUCGAAUGAAACUAGUGGUGGGUGGUCGAAUAAAGGUUGUCACCUAAUCUCAGACACCGAGACCUUUGUCACAUGCAGCUGUGAUCACAUGACUAGCUUUGCGGUUCUGGUGCAAGUCGUAGACAUUGAGAUUUCUGAAGAAGAUAGUCAUGCACUGAAUGUGAUCUCCCUUGUUGGAUGUAUUUUCUCCAUCCUUGGUACAUUUCUGACAUGCUCAACUUACUUGUUUCUCAGAAUGACCUCAGAGCGAACCCUGAUCCAUUUCAACCUGGCCGUUGCCAUCAUGCUCUCCCAGGUCACAUUCCUUUUUGAGGACUCAACAGAAAAAGGAACGGUUGGCUGUGCCGCUCUGGCCAUGGUCCUGUACUUCUUCAACACUGCCAUCUUCUGCUGGAUGCUGAUCGAGGGAGUGCAGAUCUACUUCCAGGUCAUCGUAGUCUUUGUCCAUGCUGAGCGGCUCAAGAUGUACAUCCUGCUCGGAUGGGGCUUUCCUCUGAUUUUGACCAUCAUCACCACGGCAGUACUGUGGGAGUCGCUGGGCAUGCACGGCAUAUGCUGGCUGAGCAUUGCAGAUAAAUCCAUCUGGUUUUUUGCUGUGCCAGUCAUUAUUGUCAUGUUGAUUAAUUACUACAUUCUGGUGAAGGUCACCAAGGUGAUUGUUACUCUGACAAAGGCCCAAGGAGGUAGCAAGUUCAAUCAUGCAAAGAAAUCCACCAAGGCAUCCAUCAUGCUCUUGCCUCUUCUGGGGUGUACAUGGGUAUUUGGCUUUCUGUGCAUCUCGGAGAGCACCAUCGUGUUCCACUACCUCUUCGCCAUCUGCAAUUCCUUCCAGGGAUUCUGUCUCUUUUUGGCUUACUGUGCCUUGAGCUCAGAGGUGCACGAAUCAUGGCGUACAAAGCGGGAGAGCUGGAGUCUGACUCGCUCCCUCAAUGCCCAUCGCUCCAGCAAGGUAUCGCCGGCAAGUAGAGAACAAGCCUGGGAUGAGAAUGCACACCAAACAGAGAGAACCUGCAUGGACAAAGACCGGAAAUGAUGUUUGAACAGAGUUUCCCCCCCCCAAAAAAAAGCACAAUAAACCUGAAACAUCAUGACGUCAUGCUUUGUUUACAUGUGCGCUUUCCUACAGGGAAUGGAUGGAUUGCGUCCCACCUGACUACCAGAGGAAAAGCACACAUGAAAGCAAAGUGUGACAUCAUUGUUAUAGGUCUUUAGGGGAGACAGUCUGAAGGGGAUAAAAUCAUCCUGCCCAAAGAGGAUAAAUUGAACUGGCACAUCAUUUGCUGUACUUAUAACUUCUCACAGAAGAUCCUGCAAGUUGGUUAUUUGAUUCCCCAAGCAAGGCUGCUGAUGGGUAUUUCUCUGGCUCACAACUCCAAAUGCCGAUGUCAAAGGGUGUACUAAUAGAGGGUAUGCAUUGCUGGUGCCAUGGAAACUAUUCUUUCUCAUUUUAGUUAGUUACCAUGAAU